AUGUCGACAUCCACUCCACAAAAGAAGAAACAAAAAUCUUUUGCAAGUUAUGUGAACGCGUGUUCGUACAACCUUUCUUCUCAUUUUUACAAUAGUGUUAUUAAAAGCAAAUUUGAACCGUUUGCUUUCAACUUUGAAUAUACAAUACAAGGUGUGAAGUAUGUGGAAUACCCCACUGAUGGGUCUCAAAUAGCCAAACACCUCUCGACCUUAUUUAAAGUGACUUAUCGAAACGGGUUUACGUACCAUUUACCACAUUGUAGUUUAACAACCGACGCGGGCUGGGGAUGUACGAUUCGCUCUGUCCAAAUGCUCUUUUUGAACUCUUUGAUUCGGAUCCAAGAACCCGACCCGGGCUUUGACAAAGAUUCGCAGACCAAAAUGAAGAAAGGAUUUUUAGUGCAUCCAAUGGACGUCAGAAGAGAGUACGUCCAACUCAUAGAAGACACUCCCAGAAAAGAGGCAGUGCUUUCAAUACACAAAAUGUUCGACUUGGAAGUGGUCAGGAAGAACAAUCAGAAAGGGACUAACUACCUUUCUCCAUCGACUUGUGCCACGGCGAUUUCUGUUUUAAUGGAGCAAUGGGACGAAAGGCCGUGUCAUGUGAUGUUUGUGCAAACCUUUCCCAAACACGUCGAACCAAAUACUAUUCUAAUGGUAUUGGCACCACUCAAUGAACGCACACAAUGUUGUUUGGACUAUCCAUUUGUUAGUGGUGUUGUUUGUGGAGUCGAGACACGAGCAAUUUAUGUUGUUGGACACAGUGGAGGGGUACUCUUGUUACUGGACCCGCAUCAUGUCCAAAAGGCCCACGAAGAUGGGGAUUUCGAUAUCACAGAUUAUUCGGUGAGAACAAAAGAUAUUAAAAUGGUUGGGUUAAGUCAACUUGCCUUUGGCAAUUGUAUCUGGAGCUUUCUUGUUCGCGACAACAAUUUAGAAGUCAUCAGAGAUGUUGCAAAAACAAAGUUAGGAGUGACUCUUGAAGAAGAUAUCAGAGAGAUGAAAACAACUGGAGACGAAGAAGGCUUCGAAGUGUUAGAAUUUUAG